GCCUGAUAGGUCUAGGGUUUUGCUAUAUUUAAGCUCCUUUUCUUCCAUUCUCCUCUGCCCUUUUGCAGCAGAAGCCGUAUCUUCACGAUGGCGUUCGCGAAAGCCCAGAAGACCAGAGCUUAUUUCAAGCGUUUCCAGGUCAAGUACAAGAGACGGCGAGAUGGCAAAACUGAUUACCGCGCCAGGAUUCGCCUGAUUAAUCAGGACAAGAACAAGUACAACACCCCCAAGUACCGCUUCGUCGUCCGAUUUGUAUCCUGGGACUAUUUUUUGAAUCAUUCGGCUAAGUAUUCUGAUUAUUUUGAUGCUUCAUUCAAUGCAAUUGUAGGGUUCGAUGUGUUGCCUGUAACCAACAAGGAUGUUGUCGCCCAGAUUAUCAGCUCCACCAUUGCCGGUGAUAAUGUCAUGGCAGCAGCUUACUCUCAUGAGCUUCCCCGAUAUGGGCUGGAAGUUGGGCUCACUAAUUACGCUGCUGCGUACUGCACUGGGCUUCUCCUUGCUCGUAGGGUCCUGAAACAGCUUGAGAUGGAUCAGGAGUACGAGGGAAAUGUUGAGGCUACUGGAGAGGAUUACUCUGUUGAGCCAACCGACAGGAGGCCAUUCCGUGCUCUUCUUGACGUUGGUCUUGUUAGGACAACCACUGGGAACCGUGUCUUUGGUGCCCUCAAGGGUGCUUUGGAUGGUGGGCUUGAUAUCCCUCACAGCGAGAAGAGGUUUGCUGGUUUCAGCAAAGAUAGCAAGCAGCUCGAUGCUGAUGUUCACCGCAAGUACCUCUAUGGUGGCCAUGUUGCUAACUACAUGAGGAUCUUGCAAGAGGACGAGCCAGAGAAGUAUCAGACUCACUUCAGCGAGUACUCGAAGAGGGGCAUUGGACCCGAUGAGGUAGAGGAACUGUACAAGAAGGUUCAUGCUGCCAUUCGUGCUGACCCAACUGCCAAGAAGACUGGCAAGCCUGCUCCCAAAGAACAGAAGAGGCACAACCCGAAGAGGCUUACUUACGACGAACGCAGGAACAAGUUGAUUGACAGGCUCAAGGCUCUGAACUCUGCUGCAGAUGAUGAUGAGGAUGACGAGUAGAUGUAGCUGUACUGAAGAAGCGUGGGGUUUUGUCUGGAAGGUUAUUUAGUAUGGACAGAAUUGAAACGUUCAGGGAAUCUGAUCCUUGGAUUUUUGGUUAUAUGAGUCGUUAGUUAUGGGUUUCUGUAUCGUUGAAUGAUUGUUACAGUUUUUAUUAUCGUUUCUCAGUUUGAAGACCAUGAAGAUGAAACUAGUUAUCUUCUAUUCUCAGUCUCCAUUUAUCUUCUAUUACUUGCCACUCCGUUCAUCCAAUUGCUGUGGAAUGCUUUGCAAUUCGCCUGCUCUCUCCCUCCAUUAGCACGUUCUCCGUAUAUCAAAUUUGUCAGGAAAAUGGAUUUAUGAGAUUUAUCCUAUCAAUUUGUACUUUUUCUACGUUUUUAAUACAAAGAA